CCUGAAGUCCUCCACGCCGGCGUGUCCAGGCUCAGGGGUUUUCUCGCUGCGGCUCCCCAGUUCUGCUUCCGAGGCCCGGGCCUGGCUGAGGGCUGAGUGCGCCCGGCCCUACCCCUCCGAGUGAAGCUGGGAACUGAUGACGGUAGGAAUGUUGCCUGAGUCUUGAACCCAGCCUAAAACCACAUUUGAGAAAACCCUGCCUAUGUCUGCAGAAUAAAUGUGGAUUCCUCAAAUUAUUCCUGGAUGGAGAGUCUUCAGCACUAUGAAAUAUAUUACCAUCAACUUAUGAGAUGGCAUCUUUGCAAAGGAAAGGGCUGCAAGCAAGGAUUCUCAGCUCUGAAGAAGAAGAGAAACUGAAAAGAGACCAAGCUUUAGUGUCUGAUUUUAAACAGCAAAAACUGGAAAGAGAGGCUCAGAAGAACUGGGAUCUUUUUUACAAAAGAAAUAGUACUAAUUUUUUCAAAGACAGACACUGGACCACCAGAGAGUUUGAGGAGCUCAAAUCAUGUAGGGAGUUUGAAGAUCAAAAAUUGACUGUGCUUGAAGCUGGCUGUGGGGUUGGGAACUGUUUAUUCCCACUUUUAGAAGAAGAUCUAAAUAUCUAUGCUUAUGCCUGUGAUUUUUCUCCAAGAGCAGUUAAGUAUGUCAAGCAAAAUCCUUUAUAUGACUCAGAAAGAUGCAAGGUAUUCCAGUGUGAUCUAACUAAAGAUGACCUUCUGGAACACGUGCCCCCAGAGUCUGUGGAUGUUGUCAUGUUGAUAUUUGUGCUCUCUGCUGUUCACCCUGAUAAGAUGCACCUUGUCUUACAAAACAUUUACAAGGUAUUAAAACCAGGCAAAAGUGUCCUGUUUCGCGACUAUGGGCUAUAUGAUCAUGCCAUGCUCAGGUUCAAAGCCGGCAGCAAACUUGGAGAAAACUUUUAUGUUAGACAAGACGGAACCAGAUCAUAUUUUUUUACUGAUGAAUUCCUGGCUCGGCUCUUCAGGGACACGGGUUAUGAAGAAGUGGUGAACGAGUAUGUGUUCCGUGAGACGGUGAACAAAAAAGAAGGUCUGUGUGUGCCAAGAGUUUUCCUUCAGAGCAAAUUCCAAAAGUCUCCAAAGAACCUAACUCCUGUGACCCUGGGCCCAAGUGACAAGUCCUGACCUUUCUUUCACAAGGUUGACUUUUAUGCUUCCCCUUGAGGAAUAUUUAGAGUCACUCUUUUUAUUUUGUGUAUUUUUAUAUUUUAACUUUUUUAAUGAGUACAUAUAAUUUUUGUAUUAAAAAGUGGCAAAUUCGUGUGUGCGUGCGUAUUAUAGAAAUGCAAAAGCAAAUAAAAUUGCAAGUCCUGAAAAGUAAAA